AUGGGUAGAAAUAAACGUACGAAGAAGGAGCUCCCUACGAAAGCGAAGCUCAAGAAAGAUCCUGGGAUACCCAAACUGCCCGACCUCAAGCAGAAGAAGAAUGUAGAAAAGAUAAGAGCUGCUCAGCGUUCGGCACAAGCUCUGAAACUCGACCCAGACUCCCCAAUGGCCUCCGAGCCAACUCUUUCUUCUCUCGCAGCUCUCGCAGAAGCCUCAGAGGCCUCAGGUCGAAUAUACGACAACACUGUCUCCGUCUCUGACCCGUCAUCUUCAACGGAUGCAGCGCAAAAUUACAAAAUACAACUCCGACGACAAUACAUCCGUACUUUACACAAAGUAAUCGAAGAAUCCGAUAUCGUCAUCCUCGUAUUGGACGCUCGUGAUCCUGAAGGUUGUCGAAGUCGACUUGUUGAGGAGGAAGUUAGGAGGAGGGAACAUGAAGGGAAGAGACUUGUUUUUGUGCUUAAUAAGAUUGACCUCAUCCCUAGAGAGAACGCAGAAGCCUGGCUGCGCUACCUCCGCCACACAACACCUACUCUCCCCUUCCGCGCUUCAACACAACAACAACGCACUAACCUUGCCUCCAAAACCUCCCCUGCCUUACUCAACCUCCUAAAAUCCUACAAACGCUCCACGAAAUCAGGGAUGGGAAGUAUUACGGUAGGCGUAGUCGGAUACCCAAAUGUCGGGAAGAGUAGCUUGAUUAACUCGCUGAGAAGAGCGAAGGUAUGUGCUGUGAGUGGUGAAGCGGGGUUCACGAAGGACGUGCAGGCUAUACAAGUUGAGAGGGGUGUACGCGUUCUGGACUCGCCUGGUGUUGUGUUCGAUGACGACGAUCAAGAGAGUGGGAACGUCCUUCUGCGGAAUGCGGUUAAAGUGGAAGAUAUGAAGGAUCCUAUUGCAGUCGUCGAUCUAAUCCUCUCGAAAAUCCCACCCCCCAAACUCCAAGCAAUCUACUCCCUCCCACAAUUCACAUCAACUCUCGAACUCCUCACCAUGCUCGCUCUCUCCACCGGUCGUUUACACAAAGGUGGAACACCCGACGUACUUUCUGCCGCUAGACAAAUCAUUCACGACUUCAAUACACAUAAGAUUCCGUAUUUUACGGAACCGCCGAGUGUGCAUCCGAGUAGUGUACCGAGUAUGGUUAGUGGAGGGACUGCAGCGAAAUUUGGUUUUAAUUCUGUUGGAGAGGGAGGAGUGGUGGCACCGGGGGCGGAAGACGUUGGAAGUGCGAAGAUCGUGAAUGAGAUGGCACCUGCUUUUGAUCUUGGAGGGUUGUUCAGUCAAGCGGACGCAGGUGCCUUUGAUUGUGAGAUGCAAGAUGAGGAGGUACACGGAGGGGAUGGUGUUGUACAGAUGGAAUCAGACGACUUGACACCACGCAUCCCACGAAAACGCACCCGCUCGCCUUCCCCUUCAGUCUCAACGCGUGUCGAACCUGGAUCCGACUUACAUAUUGACAUCAACAGCGACUCUCAUCCAACUCCCCCUUCCAAACGAUUAAAAAGAACGCAAAAUCAAUCUGUACACGACAACCCUGACACCUCCACCUCCACCAACGACAUAGCAUCACAAAAUCCACUCGGUAGACGUACACUUAAGAAAGACGCGAAGCGCGCUCGGAAGGCUGCUCGACGAUCUGCUAGACUUAGCGCUAACAAUAAUAGGAAUAGAGCGGGAGGAGAAGGAGGGAUGGAAGUUGAUGAUGAGACUGGAUUGGAGUUUACGUUUAUGGUUAAUUCGGGUGGAGUUGUUUCUCCUUAG